UAAGUUGAGGCGUCUUCAACAACUGAAAGGAAUCAAGGUAAUAACCGAACAAAUACGCUGUAACCAAGACUCGUUUCCAAUGUAUGUACGUAAACGAUUUUCAGUAACUCGGUGUGAACGACUCGAGCCUUUUUUUUUUAGUCUGAAAGAGGAAUUUCCCUUAAGGGAUUUUUUUGUCGUGCGUCAUCAGCUGCUGUGAACCUUCCUCCCUUAUCGAAGUCUCGUCCUUGUCGGUUGAGUCGCUGUAAGUGCAGAACAUAAUCGCUCCUCCUCCUCCACCAAAGUCCAUGGCUGUUACAGAUCAACGCGAGCUCCAGGUCAUUAGUCAGAUAGCGGAGGCCCUCAGCAGCAGUGAGCGCAGAAGCCUCUUCUACUUGUGUGAAAGCCCGCAAACUGAUGACAGCACGGCUUGUGCGAAGGAGAUGCUGAAAAACAAAGUUAUAUGCCAAGACGGAGGUCAGUUGUUUCUGGCAGAGCUCUUGUCCCAGCUGAGACGUUUUGACAUCCUGAGGAGGGUGUGUAGGAUCAGCAAAGAGGAGGUGGAGAGUAUUCCGAAAUGUCAGCAGGUUCUGCCGAGAUUCAGAGUAUUGAUGGCUCAUAUAAGUGAGGAUUUGGCCCAUGAAGAUCUGGACAAUGUGAAAUUCUUGAUGGGCAGCAUGUUGCCUCGCGAGACCAUGGAAAAAGCAAAGAAUUUCCUGGAUGUGAUCAUUGAACUUGAGAAGCAGGAUCAAGUUUCACCUGAAAGAGUCGACAUUGUGGAGAAAUGUUUGAUAAACAUCGGCAGGGUUGACCUCGCCAAAAAAGUGACAAAGUACAAGAUGUCAGUGGGAGCACCUGAAGAGCGGUCAUCGCAACAGGAACAGUGCAGAGCUCCUUGUACACACGUCACUCCUCCUAGUUCCCAUUCUCUACAACAAACAAGACAAGGACAGUCCCUCCAAGCUGAAAACACACCAGCACCCGUAUACAUUCAGCAGAGCAGUCAGAGUCUACUGGAUCGCUACAAAUUCAACAGUAAUCCCAGAGGAGUCUGUGUUAUCAUAGACUGCGUGGGUAAUGAUGGAGACAUGUUGGAACAAACAUUCAAGGCUCUUCACUUCAAAGUGGUGCUCCACAAGUGGCUCAGUGUGGAUAACACUUUCUCAACCCUCAGAGACAUAUCUCAAGAGAGAGAGAACCUCAAAGGUGAUGCCUUUGUCUGCUGCAUCAUCAGUCGUGGUACGGCAAAUCAUCUUCUGGGUGUAGACAUGCACAGGACGGGCCUACGCCUGGACAGAGUCAGACGUCUUUUUACUUCUGAUGCGUGCGCUAUGAUGGCGGGCAAGCCCAAACUGUUCUUCAUCCAGACGUACAAGGGCCCCGAGUUCCAGCCCUACGCUGCGAGGCACCAUCAGGAUGAGGAUCUUGAGCCAGACGGCUGUCAUGGGCUGCCUGGAUAUGAUUUCAUCCCUACAGAUGCAGAUGUGUUCUGGAGCCACUGCUGGACGGACGAACGUCAACUGGAGCAAAGACAUCAUCGGUCCAUUUACCUGAAGACUCUGACAGAUACCUUGCUUAAAGGCCAAAACAGGAAGAAGAUUGUUGAUAUGCACACCGAGGUGAAUGGAGCCAUCUUUGAUCACAACAGAAGGAAUCCUGCAGCAAGCUACCACAUCGAUCUCAAACAUACACUACGGAAAGAUCUUUACUUACAAUAGAGGAUGUUGUACAAUCCUGUUCAUAUAACUCCCAAUAAUAUGACAUUACAUUUAAUGUCAUUUAGCUGAUGCUUUUAUUCAAAGCGACUUACAUUACAAUUAGUGCAUUCUGCAUCUAUAUAUAUGUAUAUGUAUAAUAAGCUAAGAAUAGAAUGACUUAAAGGGAUAUGAAAAUUCACUCUUUAUCUUCUCAUCACUAUGCCGAUGGAAGGGUGGGUGCAGUGUUUGAGACAACAAAACACUUUUGGAGCCUCAGGGGCAAAUCCAAUACAAUUGAAGUAACUGGUGAUCAAUCACCAUACUGCUCCUGUGGUGUCAUUCAAGUGUCCAAAAGCCCCAACUUUCAUAUUCGACUCAAAAAAGUGUUAGUGUUGAGGGCUUUAAUGGACAGGGACACAAAGGAGUGUUUAAAAAAUGGUGGUGCAUGCUGAGUAGAUGUCAGAUAAACAACAACAAAACACAGGAUUUCCAGCUUCAUUUUUGUUUUACUGUGUAUACAGAGACACCUACUGGUUGUAUGAAGUCAAAACAACUAUUUUAUGAGAAAAAUCAUAGAAGGAUUUUUUUGUGCAAGUAGGUACCUGUAUUUGUUCAAUAUUUGAAAAUUCUCACCGAGUAUCCUUUCUAGAAAUAUCAUAGCAGUAAAUAUAUUUACUUUAUAACAUAAACAACAAUAACAGCAUAAUCAACAACACAACCAAUCAUUAAACUGCAAUAGAAACAAAUGUUAAAUCAUGCAAGACAAAAAGAAUUUACGAAAAUCUUUUGCUCUUACACAACACACUGACAUUUAUUCACAACAUCAAUCAUAAUGUGUUUUACCCAUAGACUGUAUAUAAAGAGUUUUACCUUUUAGUUCGAUAGUGCAGCUAAAACAUGAAGAGAUACUUCUGAGAAAUACAUUCUCUAUGGGAAUGUGUACUAGUAUUUAUUUUGUGUUUUAUUAUUUUGAUUUGAGCUAUGUAUUUUCAAG